UCAUUCUCUCCCUCCCUGCCCCUCUUUCUCUCUCUCUGGCAGGCUGCUCCUGCAGUGAUUCAGUAUCAUGGAGGCUGGCAGUGGGGCUGCUGCAGUGGUGGGAAGUGCAGCUCUCGGACUGCUCGGAGCCACAGGGAGUCAUGACAUCUCUGACAGGAUCCUGAGGCCUGGACGGCACCCGGAAGAAGACGAUAUCGUUCCAGAGCUUCCCAGGAGCAUCCACCCCCGAGAGCGACCUGACUGGGAGGAAACCAUCAGUGCAAUGGCACGGAGUGCUGAAAUUCCAGAGCUGAGCUCUGAGCCUCUCAUGCGCUCUUGCAGCAGCUCCGCCAGUAUGAAGGUGAAGAACGUCAAAAAGCUCUCAUUCACCAAGGGACAUUUUCCAAAGUUAGCCGAAUGUGCCCAUUUCCACUAUGAAAACGUUGACUUUGGGACAAUACAGUUAACCCUCGCAGAUGAACAGACUGAAUUGACACGGAAUGGCCUGGAGUCAAAAGAGCCUGUGUAUUUGGUUCAGAUCUACUGUCAGGGACGAAGCUGGAUCGUGAGGCGAAGCUAUGAAGAUUUCCGAGUCCUGGAUAAGCAUCUCCAUCUCUGCAUCUAUGACCGCCGCUUUUCCCAGCUCCCCGAGCUGCCCCGUUUCGACAGCCUGAGGGAAAGAGCAGAGGCAGUUUCCCAGAUGCUGAUGGCUUACCUCUCCCGUCUCUCAGCGAUUGCUGAUAAUAAGAUCAACUGUGGGCCGGCCCUCACAUGGAUGGAGGUUGACAACAAAGGGAAUCACUUGCUGGUGCAUGAAGAAUCAUCCAUAAAUGUUCCAGCUAUCGCGGCAGCCCACGUGAUCAAGCGCUAUAUUGCACAGGCAGCUGAUGAGCUAUCAUUUGAGGUGGGGGAUAUUGUUUCUGUAAUAGAUAUGCCACCCAAAGAGGACACCACCUGGUGGAGAGGAAAACAUGGUUUCCAGGUUGGCUUCUUUCCCAGCGAGUGUGUGGAGCUGAUAAAUGACAAGGUUCCGCAGUCUGUUACCAACUCCGUGCCAAAACCAGCGUCUCCCUGCUCUGGUCUGCGGCCGGCCUCCUGGAGUCUGUUCCCACCCUAUUUGGAGAUGGAGAGUUUAAAGCAGGACAAUGCAUGGGUCCUCGACCCAUUAAACCCCUACAGGCUGAGCUCAGUGUCCAAGAAACACGGGAAACUGAUCACUUUUCUACGCACAUUCAUGAAGUCCAGGCCGACCAAGCAGAAGCUGAAGCAAAGAGGUAUCCUCAGGGAGAGGGUGUUCGGCUGUGACCUAGGAGAACAUCUCCUCAACUCCGGCCAUGACGUCCCCCAGGUACUCAAGAGCUGCACUGAGUUCAUUGAGAAGCACGGAGUGGUUGAUGGAAUGUACCGUCUCUCUGGGAUUGCCUCCAACAUUCAGAAGCUGCGGCAUGAAUUUGACUCCGAACAGAUCCCAGAUCUGACAAAAGAUGUUUACAUUCAAGACAUACACUGCGUGGGCUCCCUGUGCAAGCUUUACUUUCGAGAGCUUCCCAACCCACUUCUCACCUACCAACUGUAUGAGAAAUUCUCGGAGGCUGUGUCAGCAGCCACAGAUGAGGAGAGGUUGAUCAAAAUACAUGAUGUCAUUCAGCAGCUGCCGCCCCCGCACUAUAGGACACUUGAGUUUCUUAUGAGACAUCUUUCACACUUAGCAACCUUCAGCUAUGUGACAAACAUGCAUACGAAGAAUUUGGCCAUCGUUUGGGCCCCCAACUUACUGAGGUCAAAGCAAAUCGAAUCGGCUUGCUUCAGUGGCACAGCAGCCUUCAUGGAGGUGCGAAUACAGUCGGUUGUGGUGGAGUUCAUCCUCAACCAUGUGGAUGUUCUCUUCAGCCCCAAACUGAGCUCGCUUAUACGAGAGGGAACAGGACACAACUCUUUGUCUCGGCCUAAAUCUUUGCUGGUACCCUCUCCAUCCACAAAGCUGCUAACAUUAGAAGAGGCACAGGCACGUACCCAGGCACAGAUCAACUCACCCAUCACUGCAGACAGCAAGUACAUCGAGGUGGGAGAGGGUCCUGCUGCCUUACAGGGAAAAUUCCACACGGUCAUUGAGUUCCCCACUGAGAGGAAAAGACAGCCCAUAAAAUCUAAAAAGUCUCCAGUUGGCAGUUGGCGGUCUUUUUUUAACUUGGGCAAAUCUUCCUCAAUGUCUAAACGAAAGCUGCAGCGCAAUCCCAGUGAACCAAACGAACUCAAGGCCAUGGCAUUGGCUGGAGGAAGAGGAGACACCGGUACUCUUCGGUCUGCAAAAAGUGAAGAGUCUCUCACCUCUUUACAUAACGUUGAAGGAGAGUCUAAGGUGUACAGGCCACGCAGACCUCGUUCCAGCAGUGAUGCUCUCUCUGCUUCCUUCAACGGUGAUCUACUGGAUAGCAGACAACACUGUAACUCAUAUGACAACCUGGGCCAUGGGGAGAGUGAUGGGGAUGAUGGACCAAUCUGUGUGCCUGCUCUUAUCUCCCCACCACGUUCCGCUGAUGAUGUGGACUUGAGCCCUCCUGACAUUGGCAUGGCCUCUUUAGACUUUGACCCCAUGUCUUUCCAGUGUAGCCUUCCUCUGGCAGAGACUUCCAUUUUCUCACUGGACACAGAUGAAAGCAGUCUGAAGAGGAGCCCGGCCAGUGCCAGUGGCUCAGAGCCAGUCUCGCCAGUCAGAGCUAAAGUUACGAGUCAUUCUGUGUCUCCAGGCCACAGUCCAGCCUUAAAGGAUAGAAAUAAACUGCCCCCUGCUUCUUUCUCAGAGAAAACUCCAGUUAAAUCCCUUGAGAACUGCGAGAAGUCAUCUGUUGUGACUCCUCUAAGCAUCUCUGAAUCAGCUGCCUCCAUGAUAAGGAAAGCACCAGAGAGCACUUUGCUUCAGCCCUUCCCUCAAUCUCCAAUGGACUCCCCUGCAAAAUUGAGCUUUCUGUCAAGAACCACCGAUAUGCCCCUGAGUGAAGCCAUUCAACAAGAGCUUCUUUCUAAAGCUACUACCUUUGAGAGUAAAGAGAGUAAAGACAUAUCAAGCAUUGAAUGCUCUCAGCCACCACAGGUCACCUGUUCUCAAGAGCAGCCAGGAGCCGUAGCUCUGGACUCACCAAAGGGCAAUGUCCCUGUCAGCUCUGUGUCCCUCAUACCUCCCCCUCCCCCACCAAAGAAUGCUGCCCGAAUGCUUGCAGCUCUAGCAGAAUCUGCCCAGCAGGCCACUAUUCUUUCUCAGAGGCAAUCUCUGGACCCCCUACACCAGUGUCCCCCAUUAGGGCCACAAGAGUUACUGGAGACCAUGGAGUGGCCUCCUCCUCCUUCCUUGCCAUCACAGACAUCCUUGGAGGAAGCUACAGUAGAAGUAUCAAAGAGGUCUGCUCCUAUGUCUUCACCACCCUCCUCCCCAGUUGAAAGGUUAACUCGCUCUGUCAGUCUGCACCUCAACACAGGUGAUAGUGGGAAGCUAUCCAGCAUUUCUUGCAAUAGCCAGUGUGUUGUCUCAAAAGAGACCCCAAGUCAGAGUGCAAUGCCUUCUAGUCAACCUUCUCAAGUUUCCCAAUUACAAAAAAGCCCAGAAAGGCAGCAGCCAGCUGUGGGCCAGACACCUGUGAGCACAGACAAAACCACUACCACAAUCACCACACCAUCUAUCAGCAGCAACGAUACCGUCAUUCAACAACCUUGCUCUGAG